ACGGCUCGGUCGGACGGGGGUUGCUAAAACAAAGCAAAUUGGCGACGAGCAAAAAGAACACCCCAGAAUCGAGGAUUCCAACCGCCGAACGCCAUGCCGCUCCUCCACGGCGCCAACCUCCGCCUCCUCCUCGCCGGCGCCGCCGUCGCGCACCUAUCCUCCUCCCCCAUCGCGCGCGCUUCUCCGUACGCGCCUCCUCCGCCGCCGCUGCGGCUCCGCGCGUUCGCCUCCUACAGCGCCUCGCAGCCCCCGCCCCCCUCCUCGCCGUCGCCCUCACCCUCGCGGGCCCUCGCCUCUGCGGGCUCUGCCUGCGACUGCGAGCAGGGGGCGAAGCCCGCGAUCUGCACGGCGGACGAACUGCACUACGCGCCCGUGCCCGGCACCGAAUGGCGGCUCGCGCUCUGGAGGUACCGCCCGCCGCCUGAGGCACCCAAGAGGAACCACCCACUGAUGCUGCUCUCGGGAGUGGCCACUAACGCGAUUGGAUUCGACCUGUCCCCUGGGGCUUCCUUUGCCCGUCAUAUGUCUAUGCAAGGGUUUGAUACAUGGAUUGUUGAGUUGCGUGGUGCAGGCCUGAGCACACGUGGAUCAGAAUUAGCUGCAACAAGCAACAAACCUGACACGUCCUCUAAUUUGGGUUUGGAAAAAAAUUCGACACAGAAAGUAAAUGUUGUUGCUCCUGCCAAGGAUAUGUCAACUUAUGAACCUCAAAAUUCUGAAGUUCCAGUUCUACCAGACAGGAGUAUGGUAGAAACAAACACAUCAGAAGAACCGCAACUGGUUACACAGUUAACAAAUGCUUUGGAACAACUGGGUGUAACAUUUUCAGGAUAUGUAAAAGAUAGUCAACUGAAAAACAUCACUGACAGUUUUUUUGACCGAGUGACAGAACUUGUCCCUGAUGCCUCAUUAACUAGUAGUCUAGAGGAGGUUGCAGACAAAAUUAUAGGUCUGAUUGAAUUGCCACAGACGUCAGCUAUAUCUGAUCAAAUCAGCCAGUUAAGUCAGCGCCUUGUGAAGAUUCUUGGGGAAGGUCAACAAAAUGUUUCCCCUCGGUUAUUUGGCUGGCAAGAACGCCUGUCUGCAACCAUAGAAGAUUUCCAGAAGCAGUUGGAGCUGAUUAUUAGCUAUGAUUGGGACUUUGACCAUUACCUGGAAGAGGAUGUACCUGCAGCGAUAGAUUAUAUAAAACAGCAGAGUGCAACCAAGGAUGGAAAAUUGCUUGCCAUUGGUCAUUCUAUGGGAGGAAUCUUGUUGUAUGCAAUGGUUUCAAAGUGUGGAUUUGAAGGGGCUGAUCCAGAGCUGGCAGCAAUUGUUACCCUGGCCUCGUCAGUUGACUACACGACAUCCAACUCCUCACUCAAGAUGCUAGUGCCUCUUGCAGAUCCAGCUGAGAUGUUGCGUGUUCCUGCUGUCCCACUAGGAACAUUACUGUCAACAACUUACCCUAUAUCAUCUCGUGCGCCAUACAUUUUGUCACUGCUGCGAUCUCAAAUUUCAUCUAAGGACAUGAUGGACCCUGAACUGCUUUCAAAGCUGAUCUUGAAUAACUUCUGCACAGUACCGGCAAAAGUGCUAUUACAGCUGACAACUGCAUUCCGUGAUGGUGGGCUGCGUAACAGGACGGGUACCCUUUUCUUCAAGGAGCAUUUGCGGAAAAUCAAAGUUCCGGUGCUUGCCCUUGCUGGAGAUGAGGAUCUGAUUUGCCCUCCAGAAGCUGUAUACGAAACUGUGAAACUAAUUCCCAAGCAUCUGGUCACCUAUAAGGUUUUUGGCCAACCUGAAGGCCCUCACUAUGCACACUAUGACCUGGUUGGAGGUCGGAAGGCUAUCCAUGAAGUGUACCCUUGCAUAAUAGAGUUCCUCUCUCAACAUGAUAAAGUGUCUUCUUAAACUCGUAUUCCCUGUAAAAAUCAAAACUUCCACACGGCACUGCACAAUGGUCACCCCACAUUGGAAUGGAAGAUACUGUGAAAUCACCAAAAUACACAAUGAAAUGGUGGGUAACUGACAUGUACCGGUGAAAGCACUUCCAAGGCGAACAGAGCAGCUGGCGGAUAGAGAGCACAGAUUUUUCUUUGAAGAUGUUUAACACGCUCUGCGAUGUAAUCAUAUCAUAUGUGUUUGUGUCUAGCUUAUCUAGCUUAACGCAAAUUAAUACUUGUACACGGCCAAGUAAAAGAUAGAUUGAAAUGGGAAUUAUUGCACACUUUUGUAAUAUAAUUUAAUUUCACAA